CAUUUGGGCCCCUGGAUCAGAUCCCCGCGGGCUCCGGAGCGGGAAGGCGCCGUCGCCCUCAGCAAUUCCCUCCUGGAAUUCUUCCUGCAAAAUCUCCGCGUCAACGCUGUGAUCCCGUUCUACAACCUGAGCCGGUUGUUGGCGCUGCUGGCUCCGUGUUGUUCCGACGGAAUUCCCAAAAUCCGCUCGGAUUCCUUGGAUUGCGUCCGGGCCUUGCUCCGCAUCCAGCUCUGCUACGAAG